GAUUGGGGCGGGCUGAGAGCCACAUAUCGAUCAGUGACAGCCUAUUAAUGAGCUGGAAGGCGUGCUGAGGCAGACGCACGUGCAUCCAUUUAAACUCCCGGACAGCAGCUCGGUCUCAUUUAGUCUGCAGCUGUGCCAUAAACAGAGAGUUUCUGUCCGCGGUUCGCUUCUGUAGCUAAUUGUGCAGAGAAACGGCGGAUAAAGAUGCUGCAGGACGCCUUUGGAUGCGUCGUGGCGAACAGGUUCGGGAAUCUUCUGGACGACGAAGCUGACCCGUUUGACCUGAUGAGCGAGGUGGAGCUGGAGAAGGAGAAGAAGAAGAAAAAGAAGAAGGAAGAGGAGGACAAGAAAGGAAAGCAGAAGAAAGCCGGCCUGAAGGAAUCCCAGAGGAACAGACGCCUCCCGGUCGCUCCUAGUGGUCUGGACCUGGUUCCAGGGCGAAAGCAACAGGAAGUUCCAGCAUUGGUGGUGGAGGGCAGAGAAGGUCGCGUUGAGGCCCAGAGGAACAUAAAGAGAGGCACUGGGGGCCAACGGGGACUGAACAAAGAGGAUCUGCUGGAGUUCUCAAUCCCAAAGCCCUCCUAUAACGAAGCCUCAGACUUCAGCAGCAGAGGGGGAUUCAGAGGCCGAAGAGGAGCGAGAGGUGGAGGUUACGCAAGAAACUCUGACCAAUUUUAUCUGAGAGGCAAGAGGGAAUAUGAUCGGCACGAUGGAACAGGGAUGUCUUCAGAUGAAAAGCGAGGAGGCAGGGGACCUUGGAACUGGGGCAGUCCUGUGGAAGCUGUAAGUGAGAUGAUGGAGGUGAUGACUGAUCCUGGAGUCAAGACUGAGGAGCAACAGUCAGCUGUGGAGGAGAAUGCAAACCCAGGAAUGGAUGAGGACAAUGAGGUGGUGGUCCAGGUUGCCAUGGAGAUGAGCUUGGAUGAGUGGAAGGCCAUGCAGGAGGUGAACCGUCCCAAAGUAGAGUUCAAUAUCCGCAAAGCUCAGGAUAAGAUUCCCUCAAAGGCAAAAGUCAUCCACGAGUCAAAGUACCUGGAGAAUGCGAAGGAGACUGUAGAGGAGGUUGAGGAAGAGGGGAACUUUCUUCGCAGGUCCAUGAAUGACAUCACCACCCUCAUGGAUAUAAACUUCGGGACUCUUGGACGUCCUAGCCGUGGGGGCCGUGGCAGAGGAGCACGAGUUGGUCAAAGCAUUCGCCCAGAAAGACCCACACCCAUUGUUGAAAGGGAGGAUGGAAUGGCGCCGAAUCCUGAUGACCCAGAAGACUUCCCAGCCCUAACAGCAGGGCGAUGAAGGAUUUCACCUACUGCCUUCUACAAAACUGUUCAUGUUUCUUUUGAGGUUCUGCUGCACUUAUAACUGUGUUCAAUAAAAGCUUUUGCAAAGUUAAUUUUCUAUCUGCUGGUACAUACACCUAAGUGGGGGGG